AUGGGGAGAGUGGGCGGGGAGCCGUGGCGGGCAGCCCAGAGCAGGUGUCGGUGGUGGAGAAAUGAGGAGCGCGUCUUCAUAGGAGGGCUGCUGGGUGCAUCACAGGGAGAGGGAGACCACGGACGGAGGCAGCCCGGCAGCGGUGGCAGAAGCCGAGCAGGUGGUGCCCUAUCAUUUAAAGGGUUUCUCUCUGGCCCUGCCACUUAUGGAGGAGGAAUCUACGGAGUUAAAGAGAUAUGUCCACUCUAUUUGGUUCUCUUUGUGUCUCAAGUCUGCAUCACCUUCCACUGGAACCCAAAGGUCUGGGGGAGCUUCAAGCUCCCAGUGGAUUCAUCUGAGGUUAACCCAUCCUGGAGCCUGGAGUCUCCUCAAAUGUCCAUCGAUGAAAAUUCCCAGGCAAUUCCAGUUGCCUCUCAAACUAUGUCUGAAGUGUUAAUAAAGAACCUCAGUAACUUGACGCUCAACCCUAGUAUCAAAUUGCCCUUCAUUCUACCAGAAUGUCUACCUCAACCGACUGGGUGGUUACUUGGUGAAAACAUCCCCUGUAGGAGAGGGGGGAAGACCAUGUUAACUGAUCAGAGAGAUAAGAUGGAGCGGCUGAUUCAAUCUAUUAAAAAGCGUUACUGCAAAAGAGUUUCUUGGUCUGACUCUCAAAGAGAACCACUGCAGAACGAUGUUGAGAUUCCCUCAAGAGUGCAAAGAUUUAGAUGCAGCUGCCAUUUUUGCCAGUCUCAUAGAGAUCCUUCUGAAGAUAAUUAUGAGAAUUAUCACACCAAUAAGUAUUACAGUAAUUAUGACACGGAGAUGGAUGAGCCAUAA